AUGAGGCUGUGUAACCGGGGUGUGAUGAUGCUGCUGACCACUGCGGGAGCUUUCUGCGCCUUCAGCCUCAUGACCAUCGCCGUGGGCACGGACUACUGGCUGUACUCCCGCGGGAUGUGCCGCUCCAAGAGCCAGAACGACAACGAGACCGUCCGCAAGAACGAGGAGGUCCUGACCCACUCGGGUCUGUGGAGGACCUGCUGCACCGAGGGGACAUUUCGAGGCGUUUGCAAAGACAUUGAUCACUUUGCUGAAGACGCAGACUAUGAGCAGGAUGCUGCAGAGUAUUUACUACGAGCAGUACGAGCCUCCAGCCUCUUCCCCAUCCUCAGCGUGGGAUUAUUAUUUCUCGGAGGUGUGUGUGUGGCGGCCAGCGAGUUCUACAAGUCACGCUACAAUGUCAUCCUCAGUGCGGGUAUACUCUUUGUCUCUGCAGGUCUCAGUAACAUCAUUGGCAUCAUUGUGUACAUAUCAGCCAACUCAGGUGACCCCAGCCAGAGCGACAACAAGAAGAGCUACUCCUACGGCUGGUCUUUUUAUUUUGGAGCUCUGUCCUUCGUGCUGGCUGAGAUGGUGGGCGUCCUGGCAGUGCACGUGUUCAUAGAGAAACACCGACAGCUACGCACUAAGGGCCGGCCUUCCCUCAUAAAGCCGCCGAUCUCCCGCAGCUCAUCGUACUACCGCAACCGUUACUACCAGAACCGCUGCCGCCGGUACAGUUACAGGAGCAACCACAGUGCAGGGGACUCCAUCUCACACUCCUUCCGAGCAUCUUUGGUGCGAGACAGAGAGCCGUCCAUCUCCGCUGAAUCCAAAGUCAUGGCGGGUUUGCCAACGCCAGUGUCAGUGGGCUCAGAAUUAAUGCUGUACACCUUGGCCUCGCCUCUCAAAGACGGCAAGAUUGACAUGGCUGUGGAUGAUUUAACUACUGCAGCCGCUCACAACAACACAGAGAUGCUGCCUGGGAACUGCGCUGCCAGCAGGAGGACCACACCUGUCUGA